AUGGAACCAUUAAAAAUAUAUUUGAGAAUUAAAAGAGAAAAUAGAGUAUUCUUUUUCGAAUGCUCACUGCUUGAUCCAGUGGAAAUAUUGAAAAGGAAAUUGCUACCUUACUACAAAUAGGAAAUCCAGGACAUGAGAAUCUAUUUAGGAGAUAGACUAUUAGAUGACAAAGCCAAUCUGUAAGACUAAGCUGUUCCAAACGAUAGUUGCUUAAUCCUAAAGCUAAGGAAGGGAAUGUUAGGCGAAUGGGAUGAAUGA